AUGUCCCAAUUAAAUCCUCCUGCACUUUCGAGUCAUGGUGGCGAUAGUGAAGAAGACGACGAAGACCAAUCCUUUGAUACGGAUCAGUUCUUCCUGACCUCCUCGACAACUGAGAGUUCCGCCUCACAUGUGGAGUCAAACAUCAUGGACUCUGAAAAAGAUAUGAUGGCGUCCCACCGGAUCGCUGGCACUGUGGACUUAACUUGCCACAACCCGAGUCGACUAGGCGCCGAGACCACGCCUUUUACUGACGAUUAUGUCGCGCUUGGAUCUGUUCGCCUGAUCCGCCCUUCUGAAAAUGCGCUCAGUGAUAGCUGGAGAAUGGUUGGACCCGCGGGAGAAGCUACACAUCCUCACCCUUUGCUGAAAUUAGGCGAGAAACGGCUAUGGAUCAGAACUCUCCUGCUUCCACAUGUCAACCAUCCUGAUUGUGCCUCAUUGCGGGUCUAUGCACUGCCAGAGGAUGUCAACCGAAGUACUAGAGGCUCGAUCAAGGAUCUUAGAAAGGUUCUGAAACUGCUCAUUGACUUCAUUGACAUUUCUCAGGACGCGUGGGAUGGUAAAUACGACCCGGCUUUGCCCUUGCAGACGUACAAGCAACCAGAUGACUUCCAGCAGGAAUCCCUCUUUUACAUCUUUAAUACCUUGUCCUCGCCACAAACUUCCCUUGUUGAUGCGGGCUCUUGUGUGCACAGUCAGAGGUCCAUGCGUGGCAUAUUUGACAACCAGAUCAACGGCCUACAAACCUCAUUAUAUCCCUACCAGAGGCGGUCGGUGGCCGCGAUGCUCCAGAGGGAAAUAUACCCUUCCAAGUUUCUCGACCCACGAAAGCAGGCCCUCCGAGAUCUCAAUGGCACAACAUUCUAUCUAGAUGUCUAUGAAGGCGUUCUUCUGCGUCAUUCUCAUCUCUAUAGUGAAUCUCGUGGUGGCAUCCUCGCCGAAACCAUGGGCUACGGCAAGACGCUGAUAUGCAUUGCCCUGAUCCUAGCAACUAGGGGCCAUUAUCCUACAAUCCCGGAGGGUAGAGUGAACGCAACUGCUGCGGAGCUCAAUGCACGAACACCUAGUUUGCUGGACCUGGCAGCAAGAGCGAUCAAACAGAAUGGUGUGCCGUGGAAAGCCCAUUUUGCAUGUCUCAAGAAAGAGGGAUACCACUUUGACAGCUGCACGGACGCUCUGGCCAAGUAUGAUGGUGAGUUUGUUGAACCCAUCUUCCACCCAACGACGCCGGACCGACGAGGGAAGAAAAGAGAAGAUCUCCGAGUGCUGCGCCUUGCAUGUACAACACUGUUGAUUGUCCCACCUAAUCUUCUUGUCCAAUGGCAACAUGAGAUAGAAAUGCAUACACAAGAAAAGGCGCUUGACGUUUUGGUUCUGGACUCGACCACCAAGGAUAUACCUCACUGGAGGGAAUUGAUAAGACAUGACAUUGUGCUAAUCACCAAGUCACGCUUUGAACAAGAAUAUAGAGAUGAUGAUCUCAAUCAAGGGAGACGUUUCAAGGGCCAGGAGAGAUUUCGGUCCCAACUAACAGAAGUUCGAUGGGUGCGCGUCAUUUGCGACGAGGGGCAUGGCUUCGCUGGCUCAAGCUAUCGAACACAUGCAAUGGCGAUGUUGGACAAGAUGUCCAUCGAACGCCGGUGGGUCGUGUCUGGCACACCGUCCCACUCGCUUCACGGUGUUGAGGUUAAUCUCGCACUCGACGAAACCAACCAAGGCAUGGAGGCUUUACGGAGACAAUCCAUUGAGACGGCCUUGGAACGGAGAAAAGCCACAGAUACAUCGACGGAAGAACUCAAAGAUAUGGAACGAUUACGCGCUAUCGUUGUCAGGUUUCUCAAGGUACAACCCUGGGCAAACCAAAAAGGCUCUGACUACGCCGACUGGAAAAGAUAUCUCUCUCCUUUCGAUGCAUCUGGCAAACGUCGUUUUGUACCGGCUCUGCGAACAAUUCUCCAGUCCCUCAUCAUCCGCCAUCGGAUUGAGGAUAUCGAUGUCGAUCUCUGCCUACCUCCAUUGCACAACACCACAGUCUAUCUGGAACCGAGCUUCUACGACAAACUCAGCAUGAACCUUUUCCGGUUGGUUCUGACCUCCAAUGCAGUUACUUCGGAAAGGAUAGACGAGGACUAUAUGUUCCAUCCCAAGAACCGCAAAUCCCUCGAUGAGUUGAUCAUGAACCUCCGCCGAUCCAGCUUCCACUGGGUUGGAUUCAGCAAACAUGACGUGGUCGAGACCUUAAGGGUCAGUCGCAAAUACAUGGACGAACACCUUGGCCAGAUUUCUGGCGAAGACGGGGCAUUGCUGAGCGAGGCAAUCUUGAAUGGUAAUCGAGCCCUGAGUGAUUCGGGUUGGCAUGCUUUCUCGGUCUACCAUGAAAUCGGCGUAUAUAUCGAAGACUUUCCUGACCAUGCUGCCAAAUCUUGGGCCUUGGAUGGCCAACUCUCAAACCCUGUCCUCCUCGGAACUGUCCAAGCUCGAGAAGUCCAGCAGUAUGUGCUGAGCCAUCUUGGCUCGGAGGGACCCUUGAUGGGUCUUGUUGGAGCAGGACUUCGAGCAAUGCGAAUGGCUCGUGAACGAGCCACGGAAGAGCAACAAGCCAGAGAUAAAGUCCGUUCGAGUUCGACUGGAAAGAAACCUCCCACAGCGGGCGUAAUGGAGGAACCCAAGGUCAAAAACCAAUCGGCUACUCCGUCUCCUGUCCGCUCUUCAGCGAGAGACAUUGCUCCCGAACUUUUCCAAUCACCAAGAAAGCGACUAUUCAUGCCAGAUCAUCACGUCCUUCCAGCAGCCCUGGCUAAAUCGCGUAUUGUCGGGUUCACAUCUGCGAAGCUCAACUACCUCUGCUCACGAAUCUUGACACUCCAGUCAACAGAGAAAAUUAUCAUCUUCUACGACUCGAACAACAUCGCUUUCUGGAUAGCUGAGGCUCUUGAGCUGCUAUCGGUCAAAUUCCUCAUUUAUGCAAACACACUCUCGGUGACGCGCCGCGCAGCAUACCUCGCGACCUUCAACCAGUCAGAAGUGUUUCGCGUUCUGCUCAUGGAUCUCAAGCAAGCCUCUCACGGCCUCCACGUGGCUGCCGCCAGCCGCAUAUUCAUUGUGUCCCCCAUCUGGCAGCCCGACGUCGAGUCGCAAGCAAUCAAGCGGGCGCAUCGCAUCGGCCAAACACGCCCUGUCUACGUCGAGACCCUCGUUCUGAGAGGCACCCUGGAGGAGAAGAUCCUCAAGCGGCGUCGACAAAUGAGCAAUGCGGAGCUGGUCAAGGCAGAGAAAAGCCUCCUAGACGACGGCACAAUGAACGGGAUCAUUCGAGGCGAAGGAUUUUUGAAGAUUGCGGAUGAUGAAAAGGAGCAGAUGAGAGGGGGAAAACUAGACGCGCCUGUCGCGUUGUUCGCGAGACGGGACGAUGGCCUUGUCAACACCGACGAUGCAGAGGACAUCGAUCUUAUCCUGGGCCUGGAAGACGAGCGUCCCUCGAAGAAGCAGAAAAAGCAAAAGGAUAUCAAAGGCAAGACGGUGGCUUUUGGACCGAAUCCCGUUUCGCCUUCCCCCUCGCCAUGGAUGCCUGUGCCUGCGCCUGCGCCUGCACUUUCGCGGCGGGCAGGACAACAGAGCCCAGUCUCGAUUUUCGGUGUCGGGUCGCAGCAGAACCGUGAAAAGCCAAAGAAGUCGGUUCGCAUCGCGGUCGACCUCUCACCACCACCAUCCGCAUCCGGUGUCGGUGUCGGUGUUGGUGGCUCUGCAUAG